AUGGAUAAUAAAAUUAGAAAGCACUUCACAAUUCCAAAAACGUCUGUCGCAGAAAAUGAUUAUUUAAUUCCCGAUAAUAAAACGAGUCGAAAUACAACUGAUUUAUUCAACGAUAUUAUCUCAUGCUGUUUAGAUCAUACAUUUGAUUUAAAAAAAAAUGAAAUAGAAAAUAUUUAUUUUUUUCGAAAUUCACAAAUAAACAAACAAUAUACUGAGAAAAAAGCAAGUUUUGACAAAAAUUACAAAGAAAAAUUUAUUUUUCAAAUAUUGCCAACGUUAGAUGUCGCUCGUAGUAUAGCAUCUAAGGGCAUACAUUGUGAUCAACUGGCGCUAUUUGUCGAUGAACGAUUAGGACAAUCAUCGCAAGGUGUACAUGUUCUUCGUCAUGCUGAUAUUAUUUUAACUUCAACUGGUUCACAAAAAUUAAUUUCAUUCGGCUUACUUAUCUGUAAAGUAGCAUUAUCAAAAGGCUAUUGUACAGUUCCAGAUAUUAAAAAUGCAACCUUAGCGUGUCAACCAAAUUAUGAUUAUCAUUAUGGUAAAAGAAAUCCAACAAAAGAAGAAACUUGGAGAGAAAAAUAUGCACAUUCAUUGUUAUAUGUUUAUGAAUAUGGUAUGAAAACUAUGACACACACUGUACAGCCGCCACAAAUACUUCCUAUUGCUUGUUUAUGGUAUCAAUUGAAUGAAUCAUUUCCUUGUGAAUCGUGGACUGUUAAAAUUCCACCACUAUUACAACAUUCAUCUCUAAAGAUUGUCCAUAAUACUAAUAAAAAAAUUGAUCGACGACCACUAAAUAAACCAUCUAUAUUAAAUCAAGAACAACUGAGUCACAGUGUUUUAUCACCUAUUCAAUCCAUAAUUACUAAUCGUAUAACAUCGUUCGAUAAUACUAAUACUGGUUGGCCAGAUAUAAUUAAUUCACCAAUGAUUACUGAAACGCAUUCAUUAAAACAACAAAAAAACACAUUUAUCAAUCAAACUCAACUGUCUAAACAAAUAUCAAUGCUAAAUGUACCAAUAAUAAAUUCAACUAUCGCGACACCUAUCGGAAUAGCAGAGCCACAAGAUAUAAUAUUAAAAUUGAGUCCAUCAUCAAAUCGUUCAAUAAUUAAUUUAACAAAUCAUUCAUUAAUAAAACAUCAAAAUAUAACGACACAACCUCAUCAUGAUGUUAAUGAAACAUUUCAGAAUAAUCAUUCAUCAGUAAAUUUCAAUAUUAAUAAUAAUAAUAUUGAAUCUCAUUCUCUAUUAACAUCAGUAAGCUCAGAUUUUUUAAUGUCAGAUAAACAAUUUCAUACACCAAGUACACGUGAUCCACGAAUUCGACGUACAAUAACUACGACAAAAACGUCUACAUUAAACGUUACUGAUUUAAAUAGUAAUGUAUUACCUAAUUCACCCACCACAAUUCGUUCGCCAUCAUUAACAGUAACCCCUACUGAAGUAGCUGCAUUGAAAAAGACAAUUUUGGAUAUAUCAUCGACAAAUAAACUAUUGCAACAUACAACUAAAUCAAAUAAUAUUAGUCAACAAAAAAUAAUUCAGCAAAAUGAAAUGUCUCCAAGUACACCCGUUACACCUACAAACACAAUAAAUGACGAUGGAAAAGUAAAUCAAUAUAAUUUAAACCCAUUAUUUGCUUCGAUAACAUCAUUAGAUGUACCACUCAAAAUGAAUACAUUAAUAUCUGAUCCACGUUUAAAAUUAAAUCGAAAAAAAGUUAUUUAUUGUUUAGAACCACAUGCCGUAAAACGUGCUAUUCAACAGCAACUACGAUGCAUUCAUUACAAUAGUAAUGAUACAACGGGUAGUAAGAAAUCACCAUAUCAUCUGAUACCAUUCUUAAUUAAACAAAUAUCACUAGAUGAAAAUGAAAAUUUAAAUAUAUCAGCAAAAAAUUCAUCAUUUAUACUUGCUAAACAACAGACUAAGAAAAAUGGUAAUGCGCCUUCUUUAUCAACAUCAGAACUAUCUGAAAAACCUUUUGACGAUUGUCAACCAUUACGCGUUGUUGUUCAAGAUGUAACAAAUUUUAACUUUGAUUUUACCACUGACAAUGAAAAUUACAUUGACUUGAGUAAUGAAACCAAUAAAAAUGUCAUGCGUCAAAUAAUAAACUUUAAUAAAAAAAUUCAACAAAAUCGGGAAACAAAUGUUCUAAAACAACGGUUAAAGCAGUCAUUGAAAAAAAAACGGGUAAGAAAGAGAAAAUCAAAAACUGCUGCUCAUGUAUAUUGUCAACAAGCUGUUGAAAAUAUGAACGAAAAUUUGACCAUAGAGCAACAACAAAUUGAAUCAACUGAAAAUCGAGCGAUUGAAGAAAUACCAACAGCAAUUAUAACAGCAAUAUCAGAGAAUGGUCACAUACUAUCACCCAAUGAAUCUAGCAGUAGUAAUAAUACUGAAGCACUAGUGAAAGAUGCUCGUCGUUUGUAUUUUUUUAAUGGCCGUGAAAUAUUAACAAAGCAACGUCGUCAAAAUAAUUAUUUAAAUAUUCCUAAAGAUGUUACCAAUUUUCUAUCUAAAGAAUUUUACGAGGAAAAACGGCCAUAUGUCAAACGAUUAUUAGCUCAGUUAAUGGGAAUACUUGAUGAAAAAUACGGUCGAAUAGCAACAACAACAAACAGUGAAACUAUGAGAAAUAGUAUGGUGAUUGACAAUUCAAAUUUAACUAAUAUGGAAUUCACGUCCAAUGGUGAUGUUCGACUUGGCGAUUUUGAUGAACGAUUUCCAUCCCAUUACAGAAAAUCCCACAACUGCAAUCAUCAUUCAAUAAUACCUUCAGAUAAUCAUCAUACUACUGAUUUUACUCCAAUACAAACAUACCAGAAUACUAAUGAUUGUAAUAAUCUCGUACUUGAUGAACGUAUGAAAGAAAUUAUUGAUGAUUUGCGUUUGAUACAUCAACCUUCCACUCAGCAGUUAUUCAAUGAUCCAACACUUACUGAAACAUCAUCAACAAUUGAAUAUCGAAAGCAAUCAAAAACAACGGAUGAAUUAGUGAAUCUCAUUGAAAACAGUGGUGAGAAUAGUACAUCAACUAGUAGUAGAAAGCAAAGUUGCAAUGAAAUUAAUAAUCAUAUAUUGCCAUAUCAACAACCAGAUGGCAAUGUUCCUGAUAUCUCAUCAACACUUGCUCAAAAGCCUAUUGAAGUACAUAAGGAAAUAACAACAAAUGUUACAAUGAAAAACAACACUUUUCCUGCCGUACUUGAUACAUUUACAAAGCCAGAUCCAAAAUUGAAUAACUCGUCUACCAAAAAAUCAUUAUCCUCGAAACAUUCAGAAAGUCAAAAUUUAAGACGAACAAGAACAUACUCAUCAUCUAAGUCAACAUCAUCAGUCUCUUCGGGUACUAACGCAAGUUCAUCUUUCACAUCGUCAUCCUCUUCGCCUCGUCAUCGUCGAUUGAAGCGACACAAUAUUGAAAGCAGAAAAUAUUCAUUGUCUUACGCAUUAGUUCAGCAAUUGUUACCUUUUUCUCUUUCCAGUAUACAGACUUCAUCCUCCCGUCGUGGUUCGACUAAAGGAGCAUUUCAUGGUGUUUCAUCAUUAUCGACAACUACCUCUCGAAGUAAUUGGAACAGUCAUAGACAUGCUAAACCAUCGCAACAGGUGAAAAUCCCAUCAUCUCAUCGAACUGACACAUUUUCUAAAUCACUAAGAAAAACACAUUCAUUACCGUCGACCACAAACCGUCGUCGUCCAUCUGUUUCCUCUUCGUCCCAACAGCUUAUAACACCACUUCUGCUGUCAUCUAUAGUAGUAACUCAAAGUCCCUCUCGUUCGAACAGUAUACAUUUAUCACAUCCCAUUCUGGACAAUUCAUCAACAGUAUUACCUCAAUAUCCAACCAUAUCAAAUUCCUAUAAUAGUGAAUUUGAAUCUCGAAGACGAGUCGAAUCAUGUGACGAUAUAUUUGGCGAUAGUGCUAAUCAAAAUGAUAACUUCGAUUUAACAGUCAAUUGUGAAAGAACAACGGUUAAAACAUCGAAAAAACGACAAAUUGAACAAUCACUGAGUUUGAAAAAGGAAGUAGAUGAAUCAGAAAAAGUGAAUGGAAAUAGAAACGAAUUUGAAAUAAAUAAUCUAACAGCAAAUAUAGUUAGUGUUGCAGAACCAAUUGCAAAAAGGAUAAAAAUAGAAAAUGUUAAUGUUGAUCAGCAACAAAAACAACCAAGUUCUCCUCUGGAUUCACCUAUCGAUAUGAAUGAUAUAGACGCAAAUCAUGAAAGGACAAGAAUAAUUAAUCGGAGCCAUACAAACGAGAAAGAGAAUAUGAUAAAUAAAAAUGAAAAAAUUAAUGAUGGCACGAAUUUUGAAGGCGGAUUUCAACAUUCACUUGGAAAUAUUAUUCUUACUCAAUUGCAAAACGAUAAUGUCCGUAAUGCUAGCGGUGAUGAUGUACAAGAUAGAGACUAUCGUUUUGAUUUUGAGAAUCGAACAACGGUAAAUCAACAAUCACACACACAUAACAUUAAAAAUUUAAAUGAAAAUGUGACUAUUGAAGAACAAAAUGAUUUUGAUGAACGAUUAUUAAACAAUGUUAUCGAUAUUGAAAAACAAAAUCCUACUAAUUUAACAUAUAAAAGACGCUCAAAAUCAAAUUCUUUUAGUUCAGUCAAGGAUGAAAAGUUAAAUCCAUCCCGUUUAUCAUCCACAAAUUCGCGUAAUUCAUCUAAAAAUAGUUUUUAUCGUAAUAAUAACAAUCGUUCAAAUUCAAGGAGCCCAAUUCAUCAUCAAUCGUCGUCAUAUCAUCGUCAUGACUUAAAUAUUCAUCAUCAUAAUCAACAUUCACCUAGUCAAAGUAAUCGAAGAACAAAAUAUUCAUUAAGUCAGUAUCAUCAUCGAUCAACUUCUCAAUCGACACGAUCUUCACGUUCGCGUAGUCCAGAUAAAUAUCGUACUGUUAUAACAAGUGCAUCGUCUCAUCAUCCGUAUGAUAGCCGUUAUUAUCCUACAUCAACAUCCAAUGUAAAGACUUCUCUCAGUCGUAGUCAUUCAUCAAGAAGUAGACAACAAACAAGUACAACGCAUCUGCAUGACAAUCGGCAACAACAAAGAGAUCGAGACAAAAGCCAAAGUCCUGAACAUCAACAUCGGUAUUUUGUAUCACGUUCCAAAUCACCCCCACAACAUCAAGGAAUGCAUUCCGCUUCUCUAUUACCAUCUCCGUUAAUAAAAACUACGUUUAAUAACAGUGAAAUUCCAUCAACAUUUGAACAUAAAUUGAGUCGUAUGCGUAUGAUUGAAAAUGUUCAAAAUAAUAAUAAUGUUCAAACAAGAUAUCCUCAUACACGAUUUAACUAUAACCAUCAACGAUUAAUCAAUCAUCCACGUUAUAAUACAUAUUAUUAUAAUAAAAUACGUAAAAUACCAUCAACAAUCUCACCACCUUAUCGUCUGGCACAGUCAACACAUGAUAUUUUAACUGAUAAUCAACAUUUACGCAGAUCAAGAAGUAUAUCACCCACACAUUCAACUGAAAGGUUGAGAAUUAAUUGUACAUUUUCAAAGCGAAAAAGUAAUUGGAAAUUAAUUCGUGGAAAUGAAAUCAAUCCAUUUGAUUCAACAACAGAUUCGAACGUUGAGUUCAUUUCAAAGAAUAGUAAUGGUAAAGACUUGGGUGAAUCGAUGAAUGUAAAUACGUCAUCACAUGAACAACAUAUUGCGCAUGAUAUUGAAACCAUAACCGAUGUGGUAUUGGCAAACAAUGAAAAAGAUGUUGAUUCAACAAAACUAAGCCCUGCCCAUCGAACAUCAGCAGCAGCCCGUUGUCUCACAACAGGACUUCUUCCAUCGUCACAAUCACAAACAUCCCUUUCAACCUCCACAUCAUUGACUUCACCAAAUCACCAUAAUUAUCAUCCUACCCUCCCAACUCAGUCGCCUUCUUCUCGAUUUGCCACUCAUGAAGAAUUGUCUGCUAGUAAACAUCUAUCACAACAUUCGUCGACUAAGCAACAUUCAACGAAUAGACUCAGUACUGUGCAGCAGAUUCAACAAUUAUUGACGACUACUAGUGCUAGACAAAUACUCCAUUCGACUAUACUGCAACAAAUUGCCGAUACAAGACAACAUAACCCAAUGAUUUUAAAUAAUUUACUUCAGGGCACACAGCAACACACGAAUAAUUCCACGAUGACGGCUAGUAGAAGACUAUUUACAAAUACAUCGACAUCAACCUCUUCAUCAACCUCUUCAUCAAUUACAACAUCAUCAUCAACAUCAGCUCGAUCGUUAAAUGAUCAUGAUACCGAAAAGCUUUUAUUAUUAUUACAAAAACUUCGCUCAUAG